CGGCCUGACGAAAGCGAGGCGAGGAGGAAUCCCACAAUACCAGGCGGGCUGUGUGGGCUCGCCGCCGCCGCUGUUUCUUUAAUGCAAGAGGAAGCGAUGCGGAGGGGUGGAAAAUGGCAGAGCUGCAGAUGCUGCUAGAGGAGGAAAUCCCUUCAGGCAAGCGGGCGCUGCUCGAGAGCUACCAGAACCUCACCCGCGUGGCCGACUACUGCGAGAACAACUACAUCCAGGCUCCCGAUAAAAGGAAAGCAUUAGAAGAGACCAAAGCAUACACAACCCAGUCUCUUGCUAGUGUUGCUUAUCAGAUCAAUGCACUGGCCAACAAUGUACUCCAGCUGCUGGACAUUCAAGCGUCCCAGCUGCGGAGAAUGGAGUCCUCCAUCAACCAUAUCUCCCAGACUGUGGACAUCCAUAAAGAGAAAGUGGCUCGCAGAGAGAUAGGUAUUUUGACAACCAAUAAGAACACAUCAAGAACUCAUAAAAUUAUAGCGCCGGCAAACAUGGAGCGUCCUGUAAGAUACAUUCGAAAACCUAUCGACUAUACCGUGCUGGAUGAUGUCGGCCAUGGAGUAAAGUGGCUAAAAGCCAAGCAUGGAAAUAACCAGCCUGCAAGAACUGGCACCUUGUCAAGGACAAAUCCACCUACACAAAAACCACCAAGUCCUCCUAUGUCAGGCCGGGGAACUCUGGGACGAAAUACUCCUUACAAAACCUUGGAACCAGUUAAACCUCCAACUGUUCCUAAUGAUUACAUGACCAGUCCUGCCAGACUUGGAAGCCAACACAGUCCAGGAAGAACAGCUUCCUUAAACCAGAGACCAAGAACACACAGUGGUAGUAGUGGAGGAAGUGGCAGUCGAGAGAACAGUGGAAGCAGCAGUAUUGGCAUUCCCAUUGCCGUGCCUACACCUUCACCACCAACUGUUGGGCCAGCACAAAUUUCUGUUCCUCCUCCUCCUGGAGUCCCGCCAGCACCACCUCUCCCAAUGGGCAGUACGAUAGCUGCUCCUGGUUCAACUCCUGGUUCCCAGUAUGGCACAAUGACCAGGCAAAUUUCACGACACAACUCUACCACUUCUUCAGCAUCUUCUAGUGGAUACAGACGGAAUCCCUCUGUGACUGCCCCAUUUUCUGCUCAACCUCAUGUUAAUGGCGGGCCUCUCUAUUCUCAAAACUCAAUUUCUAUUGCUCCACCCCCUCCCCCUAUGCCUCAAUUGACUCCACAGAUACCUCUCACAGGCUUCGUGGCCAGGGUGCAGGAAAACAUUGCUGAUAGUCCAACUCCUCCUCCUCCACCACCUCCAGAUGAGAUGCCUAUGUUUGAUGAUUCUCCUCCUCCCCCUCCCCCUCCCCCUGUGGAUUAUGAGGAUGAGGAAGCUGCAGUAGUGCAGUAUAGUGAUCCGUAUGCAGAUGGAGACCCUGCUUGGGCCCCUAAAAACUAUAUUGAGAAAGUUGUUGCUAUAUAUGACUACACGAAGGACAAGGAUGAUGAGCUGUCAUUUAUGGAAGGUGCAAUCAUUUAUGUGAUAAAGAAGAAUGAUGAUGGGUGGUAUGAAGGAGUUUGCAAUCGAGUGACUGGCCUGUUCCCUGGGAAUUAUGUUGAAUCAAUCAUGCACUAUGCUGAUUAGAAUCUUGGCUUUUCAAGUUGGGUCUUGUAUUCAAUCAUACCAUGAUUAUUUACAAGUGGUAACUAAAGGUUAACAAUUGUCUUAAUACACUUUUUAAAAAAAGUGCCCAUCUUUUCAGGCCAUACUGUUUUAAUGGUAUGAUUGAAGAAUGUCCAGCUCCAUAAGCAUAAAUCUUUGGAGACAGUUUGUCUUACCUGAUAGCAAUUUGUAACACAAGCAACUGUCUUAUUACUGGUUAUGCUUAUUUACUUACGCAUUGUUAAUUUUAUGACCAGCCUAAAUAUUCUUGGGAAGUAGGGUAUAAUAUUUAAUGAACCAUGAUUCAGAUUGUGCCAUUACAUUUUUCAGUGCAGCAUGGUAACUAACAUUAAGUUAGAUUAACAUAUUAAAAUAUGGGUGAAAAGUUUAAUGUCAGUGCUGGUCAUAUUACUUUUUGUUAGACUCUUGCUCAUUCUUGAACUAUAAUUGUUUAAAGCAUGCAUACAAACUUAUGUAUUGAAAUAUACUUUUUUAAAAAUCCAAGAUGCUUCCAAUUUGUUGUAAUCUUUACCUGGAGAACUCACUAAAAUCUAUUGCAAUGAAUUGCUUGAGUCUCUACAGUGUCCAUGUGAAUCAAAAAUGGGUGGUUUUAUGUAUGUGUAAUUUGUACCAAGUUUUUUUUAAAUGAGUAAAUUUGCAUUACAACUUUUCCAUUUAUAAAUAUAUGUGGAACCAAA